AAAAACCUUCUAAUAACCAGAUAAACCAGAAGAUCUAAUAAAAUAAUAUAAUCAGUCGAAUAGAUCACAUUCACUCUUUCGUUCGCAAUAUUUUCAACAGACGUUCACUCGUUCAUGACCGAAUUACCUUCAGUUUGCAGUGACGCUCGCUCGUGCUUACUGUCUUCAGAUUCAAGAUGCUGGUUACAGUGCUGCUCGUCAUAUCGAGCGUGGCGCUCUCCAGCUGCGAUGUCGCCCACCUGGAGGAGAUAACCACGGAGCCUCCGCCGCCAAGGCCAUACGCCUUCUCCUAUACUGCUGGCAGAUUUCCUGGCCACACAGACAGACAGCACGCGGAGGUUAGCGAUGGCAGUGGAGUUGUCAGAGGAACUUUCUCCUACGUAGACCCUCGUCAUAAAGUUCGCACGGUUGAUUACGUGGCUGACAAGGAUGGCUUCCACCCGAUCCUCAGCGAUGUGCCCCCUGAACACCCGACGGACUCUGAGUCAGUGGCUAGAGCCAAGGACAGACACUUCCAACUCUACGCCAAGAUUGCUGAGGACCAUGCCCAGCACCCUUUUCCUGACGAAAAUUUAGUACCGAGGCAGUCGGAAGCAGUAAAAGCUGCAGCGGCGAAACACGCGCAACUAUUCAAAGUGAUAGCUGAACAACACGCGAGGAUCGCCGCCGAGCGAGAGCUGCUGCAACAGGAGGAAGAGGAAAAGCUACAUCUUCAGGAACUGCAGGAACUUGGACACGAACAAUAAUUGUUGACGUUGAACUUUUAGGCGCAACGCAUACUGGCUGAGCGGAGUGGGGCCGAAGCGCUGUGUCUUGAUAACAACUCAAACUCACUCGUGUUUUGCUAUCUUCGCGGAAGAUCAGCGUUGUGUCCUACCAGAUACAGCAUACGCUGAGUGAAUACCAUUCUGGGUAGUCAAUCAGUAAUCUCAAGUAGUCAUUUAAAUAAGUAGCUAGUUAAAUAUUACUAAACAAUGAAACAAAUUUUAUUUAAGCCAACCAGUUCUAAUCUAAUUUAAAUCUGUAACCCUGAGUUUCAAACUAGGAGGCAAAAAAGUGGACCUUGAAUAUAUUUUAUUUAUUUAAUGUUUGUACCCCAAAUAAACCUUUCUUCUUUUUUUCAAACUAAACUUUAUUUUCAUUAAUAUUACAGCGGUGUGCCAAAGUGCGCUGCAGGUCGUCCCUGUUCUGCUUUUAGCAUACCACUUUCAACCGCAAAUUAAAGCACUUAAAGCUGAGUUUAGGUUGUUAUCAGAAAGACUCGGCUCGACUCCACUCCGUCUGUAUGCGUUGAUCCUGGCCGGCGGAAUUGACAGGACGGCAUGGCAAGAGAUUUUUAGGGCAUACUUCCAAAUAAGAAUAAACCGAUCAAGACAAAUUAACAAAGAAACAACGUGGAUAGGUACGGCAUCUAUUUUUUUGAGAUGCACUUAGAUUAAGGAUUCCAAGAUUCUAAAGACCAAUCCAAAGGAAAGGAGAAAGAAUUCAUCAGUAGCGUUUGGGCUACCUCUACAAGCUUUGUCUUUUCAUGCCUCUGAGAAUUUCUACCAUGCCUGCAGGAUACCGAAGGACGCUAUGCACGCUUACGACUAUGAAUCGUAUUGAUUGCCAUGCUGUCUCGCCAGCGGCCUACCAGCCAGUGACCUACCUAAGUACAUAUUAUAUUGUAAAAUGCAUAGUCCUUAAAUAAUAUCCUUCUGUUUAUUGGCGAUACAAAGGUCAUAGGGAAUUAUAUCAGUUAUGAAACCAUUAGUAUCGCUGCGCCUAUGUAGGUAGGUACUAGGUACAUCAUAAUAUUUUGUUUUUUAUAAUGCAUGGACAAUAAGAUCCAAAAUUUUUAGGUAGUAGAUUCUAGUACUUACCUAGAUUGUAAAUUACGGUGAAUAGCAGUAAAACGUGAUAAUCGAGAUAGUAAACUAAGAAUGUUAUAUUU